AUGCGGGGCUUCCUCACCACAUCUACCCUCCUCUCUGGAGCAGCGGCCUUGGCUGUCCGCUGUAACAACGGUUCCAGCAAUGGCUACGACUACAUCGUCGUCGGAGGCGGUACCAGCGGUCUGGCUGUUGCCAACCGUCUCUCAGAAGACCCUGCCGUGUCUGUCCUGAUCAUCGAGGCCGGUGGCUCAGUUUUCGACAACGUCAACGUCACCAACCCCAACGGGUACGGUCUUGCCUUUGGCACCGAUAUCGACUUUGCCUUCCAAACGACCAACCAGACUUUCGGCGGCAAUUCAGUCCAGACUAUGCGUGCUGCCAAGGCUUUGGGAGGAACCAGCACUAUCAAUGGACUGGCCUACACCCGCGCUGAAGCCUCCCAGAUCGACGCAUGGGAGCAACUUGGAAACGAGGGCUGGAACUGGAAUUCUCUCUUCCCCUACUACCUCAAGAGCGAGCAUUUCCAGACCCCGGAGCCCGCUCGUCAGGUUGCCGGUCGUCUCGAGUACGAGGCUGAUGUCCACGGCGAAGACGGACCCCUCCUGACCGGCUGGACCUACGGCCAGACCAACGGAACCAUGCCCGCCGUCCUGAACUCGACCUUCCAGAACCUCGGUCUGCCUUGGAAUGAAGACGUCAACGGCGGAAACAUGGUUGGCUUCUCCGUCUUCCCCCGCACCGUCGACCAGACCAACGCCGUCCGUGAGGAUGCCGCCCGCGCCUACUACUACCCCUACCAGAACCGCACCAACCUCAAGGUCCUUCUGAACACCAGCGCCCAGAAGCUCACCUGGAGGAAUACCGCUGCGCUCCCCACCGCUGAUGGUGUUCAGAUCGUUUCCGCCGAUGGCUCCAGCAGCGUCGUCAAGGCCAACAAGGAGGUCAUCCUCUCCGCCGGUGCCCUCGUCUCCCCUCUCCUACUCGAGCUCUCCGGCGUCGGCAGCACCAACAUCCUAAAGCAGCAUGGCAUCAAGACCGUCGUCGACCUCCCCACCGUCGGUGAGAACCUCCAGGACCAGAUGAACAACGGUCUCUCCUUCGACAUGAAGAACAUGAGCAUCGACGGCACCCUCACCACCGUCGCCUACCCCUCCGUCGCCCACGUCUUCGACAACGCCGAAGAGGUUGCCGCUCAGAUCAAGGCCGCCCUCCCCGCCUACGCCGCAAAGGUCGCCUCCGUCAACGGCAACGUCACCCACGCCUCGGACCUCCUGGAGUUCUUCCAGCUGCAGUGGUCCCUCAUCUUCGAGUCCCAGAUCCCCAUCGCCGAGGUCCUUGUCAACGCCGGUUCGGGUUCCUGGAGCAGUGAGUACUGGGGACUCCUCCCCUUCGCCCGCGGCAGCGUCCACAUUGGUGGCAACUCCACCUCCCGCGCCGUUAUCAACCCCAACUACUUCAUGCUGGAUUGGGAUCUGCUCGAGCAGGUCGAGAUCGCGAAGUACAUCCGCAAGCUGUACAGCACCGCGCCUUUCUCCACUUACACUGGAACCGAGACCCGUCCCGGCACGGACGUCGUCGCUGCUGAUGCGGAUGAUGUCGCGGGCUGGGAGAGCUACAUUAAGGGCAACUACCGUUCCAACUUCCACCCCGUUGGCACUGCUGCCAUGAUGCCCCGCGAGAAGGGCGGUGUUGUUGACUCCAGCCUCAAGGUCUACGGUACCGCCAACGUCCGCGUUGUCGACGCCUCUGUCCUGCCUUUCCAGGUGUGCGGUCACCUUGUCAGCACCUUGUACGCUGUUGCCGAGAGAGCGGCGGACCUUAUUGCCAAGAGCUCGUAA